AGAAUUUAUUAUAUUGGAAGAAAUAAUUGUCAUAUGCUUGCUAACCUAUAUAAAAGAUUAGAAAUUCUCGAAAAUAUGAGAGAACAUUUUAUUGAAAUAUAUUUAGAUUGUUUAUCGGAAAAAUAAAAGUAGGAACUAAUAGAAAUAUUUAUUAUUUUGCAAAAAUUUCUUACAAAAAAUUAUUUUUAAAUGGGAGAUUUCUUUCGAGAUUUCUUAAUAGGUGGUAUUUCAGCUGCGGUUUUAAAGACUGUUUUUGCCCCAUUUCACAUAAUCAAAUUGCAUACCUCACAUGAUUACAACAAAGUCGGAAAGAGGUACAAAGGUAUUAUUGAUUGCUUCAUCUCAUUUCUUAGAGAGGAGGUACAAUAUAUAUUUUGAAUAGUUAUAGGGCUUUGCUAUGUGGAGAGGCAAUUUGGCGAAUGUCAUCAGAAUUUUUCCAGUUCAAGCUCUGAAUUUUGCUUUUAAAGAUGCAUAUAGGAAGUUUUUCUCCCCCUUUGGUAUAUAAUGUUUAUUAACCAGACUCAAAGAACGAGAAGUUGCUCUUCUUCUUAGGAAAUAUGGCUUCGGGCAGUGCUGCCGGUGCUGCUUCAUUGAUCACAUUUCAUCCUCUUGAUUUUGGAAGAACAAGAUUGGAUGCAGAUUUUGGGAUGAAGCAUAAGAAAAAAUUCACUGAUUUAACAAAUUGUUUGAGCAAAGUUUAUAAGUCUGAUGGCUUCAUUGGAUUAUACAGAUAUUUUGGAGUCUCAGUUUUACAAGUGAGUUUAUUUAGAGGUCUCAAAUUUGGCACUUAUGAUACAGCAAAGGAAACUAUAUUCUAAAAGAAAUUGAUGAGUAACAUUUUUGCAAAAUGCAUUGCUUAUUUCAUCACUCACAUAGUUGAUUUCAUCUCAAGGCCACUUGAUACAAUUAGAAGAAUGAUGAUGUAGUUAAGUAAUUUUUAAUAAAUAUUAUUUAAUUAGAAAGAGCUGAUAUUCUCUAUAAAAACACCCUAGAUUGUGCAGUCAAUAUUGCUAGGAAGGAAGGAACAUAAGCAUUUUUUAAGGGACCAAUUUACUACAAAGAAUAUUAUUCAUUCGUUUUAGUUCUUUAUGAUGAAAGCAAUCAAUUAAUUGCUCAAAGAUCUAAAUCUGCAUGAGAUGAAUGAGACAAUUUGAUUUGCAUUUCAAAAAUAUAAUUAAUAAGUCUUUUGAAUAUAAAAUAAUAAUUUAAGUCGCAUAGUUAAAGUUCACAUUAAAUUGAUUGUCCAUUAUUAAAAGUAUAAGCAUUUGAAUGUAUCAUAAUUUUAUAAAAAUAUUAGAAU